AGCGUGAAGCCUCCCCCGAAAACUUUAUCUAGGGAAUCUCCAGAAGAACUGUCUCUAACGCGAAAUAUUACUUUAGUCAACGGACGAAAGGUUUCCGGAUAUGAAUCGCGUACACACCGCGAAUGUCGAAAUUAACCCAACAACGUCGAGUGGUAAAACUUUUAUGGUAUGCACGAAUCCUUUUUCGAGUGAUAGGCACGCGAUUGUAGUUCGCGGAAUGAAUGAGUUCUAGUGGUAUUUUGCGAAGUACAAACACAUUGAAGUUUGGGUAGAGAUCAGGGAUUAGUGAUAACUUGAGAGGGUAUCAAAAUAUCCUGAUAGCAUUAUCGCUUCCUUCGUGUCACCAUUGCCAAAUUUUCGAAGGGAAGAUUGCAUAAUCCCGAGUGCGAUUUAUAUUUACAUUGUGCUGGAGUGUUGUGUUUUAGAGUGUUCAAUGAGUAAUAAAUUUGAUUUACAGUAAAAGGACACUGACAUGGAAGCGUUAUACUAGGGUAGGAUUUCAUGGGAAAGUUGUGGUAGUUGAGUGCUGUAAAUUAAAGUGCAUUCUAGUGGAUAUCAGUUACCGCGUUCAAAGCAAUGGUCAAUACAGAUGCAAGUAUCUUUAUUGGAAAGUGAAUAGAUAUUUAAAGCUUCAGAUAGCAGUAUUGUCAACAUUAAAGGAACUAUGCUCGCGCUGUCCGUCAAAUCAUGUUAGGAGAAGCUAAGUAAGAGGUGGCUCCUACUAAAUUUUUAGAUUGUAAGGUCUAAACACAGAUUCAAAAAUGGACGGAAGUACUUCAAAGUGAAAUUUAACAAUGUGAGAGAAACGAGCGCAUCUCUUAGCUUUUAGUAAUGGUUAAGGACACAAGAGCAUUAGUUGAAGUUAUUUUCAUUUUGCUGAUAUUUUUGGAUGACGUAACGAACGGCGGGAUGGAUGGACCAAUGAAUGCCUUCAAUUCACUCAGCGGAGGGAUGCCAACCGGGUACAUAAGCCCGAAGUGGAACGAACCCUACUUUGAUUCAUCGACGCCAAGAAAUAUUACAGCACUCGUAGGCAAAUCUGCAUACCUUAGCUGUAGAGUUCGAAACCUAGGGAAUAAGACAGUUUCAUGGAUCCGCCACAGAGACAUACAUAUUUUAACUGUAGGAAGCUACACAUAUACGUCAGAUCAACGAUUCCAAGCAACGUAUCAUAAAGAGAAUGAAGACUGGACACUACAAAUAAAAUGGGCCCAAAAGCGGGACGCAGGAGUGUACGAAUGCCAAAUCUCCACACAGCCAGUGAAAAGCUACUUUGUGCACUUAAAUGUAGUCGUACCGACGGCAACGAUAUUGGGCGGACCAGAUCUUCACGUUGAUAAAGGGAGCACCAUAAAUUUAACGUGUACCGUUAAAUAUAGUCCAGAACCACCUGCAUACAUAUUCUGGUAUCACCAUGACGAGGUUAUUAAUUACGAUUCGUCAAGAGGCGGAGUGUCCGUAAUUACCGAGAAGGGAGAUACCACCACUUCAUUUUUGCUAAUUCAGAAUGCAGACUCAGCGGAUUCCGGAAAAUAUUCAUGUUCGCCGUCGAAUGCAGAUUCCGCCACUGUUAGAGUUCACGUACUUAAUGGAGAACAUCCAGAGGCCAUGCAAACAGGAUCGUCCGGAUGUCAGCACAGUUGGAUUGGGAUUUGUUUUCUACUCUUCAUAUUAUUUUCAUAUAACACAUCACAAUUAAACUUCUCAUUGUCGCCAAGCAGAACCAGAUGAUAAAUACAAGGUUCAAACAUGAAAAUAUCUUCAAUCUGCAAUACAGUUGAAUACCAUACCGUUUCCCAGGACAUCAGAUCUUUUAAGGUAGCAAAACUUACGAACGAAAAAAGUUACGAACAAACUAGUGAAAAGCUAAAAGUACUGUAAGGACAUGUAAGCUAGGAAAAUUGGUUACUCAUGAGCAAAUUGUAUAAUGCAUUGAAAUUUGUAGGUAACAAACGUUAGCUUUGUAAGGUAUACUCAACUUUGCACUAAUACUGUAUAGUACCACCCUAUCUAUGUAUGUAUGUAUUCCUAAAUGAAAUGUUGCUUUGCAUUCUACUUUCGGAGAUACAAUCUCCACUUCUACGUGAUUAUGAAAGACUCUCCCUGUAAAUACUUAUGUAAGUGUUUCUGUUUACGCUCCAGAAUUUUUUAUCAUUUAUAUUAAAUGGCAGCAAAUGAUAAAAUCAUCUUCAGAUCCAUAAGUGAAAUGUUUAGACGUAAUCUAAUUACACCAAAAAAUACUAGAGAAAGUUUUCAUUAUUGGGUGUGAGGAUUAACUGAAAAUCUCUACAAGAAAUGACCUAGCUCGUACUGUAGUCCAUCAGGUCAUACCGUCACUAACUUAAUGACAAAAUACGAUCAGGUAAAUCUAACCGUUAUUCUGGGUUGUUUCGCGUAGAUGAAAUCAAUAUUUUUUAUUUAAGUUUUGAAUAUCGGUCUAGUCCAAACCACGCAAAAGUGCACCGUUCUGCAAACAUAUUUUUUAUUGCGGCGGGUUUUCGGCGGGUAUUCCCAAUGUACAAUACUAUUACCGCCUUAAAAUAGGUUUUUACCUUAUUAAAGUAGGUUUUCAGUCGAUCUGUCUGUCCGUCCGUCUGUAUAUCUGCCUUUUUUUGCAUUGGAAGGUGGAAUGGUUCACAACUUACCACUUCUAUCAUCCGGUUAUGUGAGACUGGACUUACCAACUAAACCACCUCCUUCUCCUUUUUUUACUCUGCGGGGCUGUCACUUCAGUAUUACCUCGCGAGGCAGGUUCAGUUACGAACUACGGCGGCUAGUAUAAUUAUUUCCUACUUUCCUCUGAAGCUCUCCCUUCUACAGCAAAUUGUGGAUCGCCUUCAUUAAUUUUUCCACCGCCUUCCAAUUUGUUCAGAAGCUAGCAUGUAGUCGACGAUAUUCUUAGGUGACAACCUCGCCCGGAGUCAAUUUCCGCCUCCGCUCUGUGGGUAGCAAACCUCGGGCUAUUAAAAACAACAACUCAUCCUCUGUAAUCAUCUCGCUUGUCGGCCAAUAUGGGGAGUCGUCUCGGCCGUAGCGAUAAAGGUAUGCACGCUACUCUCCGUGUCCGCUUAAGAAUUGAGUUAGGCCGUAGCUAACUUCACCGUGUCUUUAUUUGCUCCAUUUUGUGACAUCUUGAAUAAUCCUG